CGCUUUCCUGAAUGGGCUCCAGUGAUGGCGGAUGAUGGGGGCUGUCCCCAGUGAGCCGUGUAUCUAUGAGAAGCUGGCCGACAGCGUUGAGGUGCUGCGGCAAUCCGGGGAGCGCUAUGGCAUGUCCGAGCGCGACAUCGAGAGGUUCAUUGCCCAAAUCCUGGAGACCAACGAGCCGCAGAGGGAAGCGGUCAGACACCCGCGGCUCCUGACAGCGGUCAAGGUUGUGGUUGCCUUGGGGCUUCUCAUAACGGCAGCCUACUCCUUCAUCAUACCCUAUGGCAGAUCUCAUUGCCACAGUGCAGUCACAGAAGAUCAGAGCUGGAGGAGCCCGAUAAUUAGUCAUAUACGUCUUUUUUGCCUACCAAUUGCCAAAAAGUACAAUCUGGAAGCUUUUCAUGAGUGGGAAUGUUCUGGGUGUGAGCAGUUAAUACCCAACUGCACCGAAUGUGCUGCCUUGACCACUGUUGGAACAGUGAAUGACAUGAAACAUGUUUCUAAGUAUAAUCAUCAAAUCGUGCAACCAGUUGUAAUCAAGAGUGGAUCAACUGUGUCAUUGUCCUAUGAGGAUUUGAAACGCUUAUAUUCAGAAUACAAGGAGGCCAUGGAUGUGUAUGCUGAGGUUGAAGGCGAUACCGAAAAUGAAGUCAAUAAAAACUCUUAUCUGUUUCCAGAAGAAGAAUCUAACCUAAUUGUUCACUGGAGAAAACAACGUAUAAAUGGGAUGCAUAUUCUUCGAACACUUUUUCCCAAUUCAAGCAUGUUGCCUUUUGAGAAUAAAGUAUCCCUGAAGAAAUGUUUAAUAGCACCUAGUCGUGGCUCUCCAUUCCAACUCCUGUCUCACCAGCUCCAGGUUGGGCACAGCUGGCUGUUUGUAGGUGGAGGUAAUCUGAAACUUCACAUUAAUGCCUCUGAGAAAUGUGCAGAGCAGUGUGGCUCCUUCUUAGUCCUGCUCAGAGAAGGCGAUAUUGUUUACGCAAAUUCAGAUUAUUGGCGGAUGACCAUUUUACCAGCUGGAGAGCAAACAGUCAUUACUUGUGUCGGAUCCAUCUAACUGAGGAUGCUUGGUGUCGCCAGAUGAACGUGUCCGUUAUGUGCAAAUAUUCAAUGUUUAUCCAGAUUAAAACUGUUAUUUGAAUGCAUGUCUCUGGACAGAUCUACAUUCCGAAAUGUGGUUUAAGUUGUACUGUCAGACUACACUAUGUCUAAUGUAAUACUGCACAAUGAUCCAGAGUAUGGUUUGCAAAACAUUGGCUUCUGAAUAAGUCCAAUAUAGUUUUUUCUAAAUUCCAGGUAAUUUUCAUUUUACUUUAAUCCUCUUUGGCUGUACCUAAUACAUAAGCUAGUUCAGAAAAUGGUAAAUAUUUUGCAAAUGAAAGCUAUAUGAUUUGACUUUUUGAUUGUUUACUGUCUCUGUUAACUAAUGAUGCAGGAUAAAUUAUCAUUAAUGUUUUCAGGGAGAAAUGACUACUGAUUACCAUUUUCAUUUAGUUUAUUAACAAACGAUAAUCAUUUAAAAGUAUGAGUUGAAGUAUAAAAGAAUUUUGAGAAAUAGUUGACAAAAUAUUCUCUCAAAAAAGAAAAUAAUGGUAGAGUACUAAUUUCUUUGCUUAAGGCAUGGUUUAUCUAUUUUUAUUUUUUUUUAAUUAAGUUAUGUGACUUUUAAAUAAUAGUACUUGUGUAUGAAAUAUGGUGGCUUGGAAAACUGGCAAUAAUUUUAAUAUAGCCUCACCAUGUACAUAGUUUCAAAACAACUUUGUAAAAUUUUGCUUUGUGUAUAUAUACAUAUAAACAUAAAUAUAUAUAUAAAUAUAUUUGUAUAUGUGUAAAGGUAAGGAAUCCUUGAAAUAUGUUGCCUUUAAUUUUUUGAUAAAAUGAAAAUUUGAAUCAAAGUAAUUGUUAGAUUUAAUGUUUAAGUAGCUUAAUGUUUUGUUCAAAAUAAAAAAAAAAUCCAAGUGCGAUUUUAGCCUUUAAUUUUUAGCGUUGUAGGUAUGGAUGGGAAAUGUUUGAAAUUUCCAUGAUAGCUGUGCACAAGCAAUCUAUGUGAUGAAAAUACUGCACCAGCUGAAAACUCUUGUUAUGGAUGUAUACGCUAAAAUCGUACAUGCAGUGGUCCGCACAUGCUUUGAAUUGAUAGUACAUUGUAACAUCAAAAUAGCAGAGAAAUUGUUCAUGCAUGCAUGGAACAGGGAGCAGGUCACUUUUAAGUUGCGAAGGAUCACGAAAAACCAAGAUGUGGUAAUGAAGCAGAAAUCAGCAUGAAUCUUAGUAGCGUUUUUAAGGUGAUAUGGAUAAGCUUUGAGUUUUUUGAUGUUUAAUUCUUAACAUUAAAUGUUUUUUUAAUAUAGGUAGAUGAUUAGGGAAUGAAAUGGAUGCUCAAAAGUGCAUAAAUUUAGUUUGCUCUGUCGUGGUUGAUACUUCUGGUUUUUUUUAUAAAUGCUUACCGAUUAGAAUGUUUUAUAACUGCUUUAGAUUGGUUGGUGGUUAGUCAAUGGAACAAAUGGUUUUAAUGUUCCAUAAAUCAUGAUAUUUUUGCACAAUGAACAUUUUUCCACUCCAGUUGCCAACAUUUUAAUUAUAUAGAUAGAUGGUGCCUUACAUUUAAAAGAAAAACAGCUUCAAAACAGACUUUGUUUUCAACUUUGAAGAUGUUUUUAAAAAAUUAGAUUAAUUGUUUUAUCUGAUGAACAGCUGUACCUGAAUUGUUAGCUUAUCUGUUGUCUCCAUAGAUGCUUUGUAACUUCAUGUCUGACUUGUUUUAAAUAACUUAUUUUCAUUAGAACAGAUUCAUAUCUCAACUGGAUCAAGAUAUUACAAUAGUAGACAUUUGGCAGAUAGAGAUUGAUUCAUAAUGAUCUUUGUUCAUCGCUGAAUCCUUGAGAGAUGAUACUGCUGUACCAGCUGCUCCACGGGUGAAGUUGCUUACUUUAUCAGCUUGUUUGCUGUUCUUCCUUCCUGCACUUCCCUUUUGAGAUAACAGAUCAUAUCCUGAAAAGGUGAAUGGUAAUUAUCCUCACAGGUUCUCAGUUUUUCUAACUUCAAUGAAUAUAAAUUGGCAGAAAACACUUGUUUAUGACUUUACAUUCAUUUGGGCCCUUUUUAAAAUUAUACCAGGACAAUUCUGUAAAGUUUAUCAUAUGCCUGCUCAGCAACUGAAUGAGAUAACAUUCCUAAACAGUGUAGCAAAGACUCGCCAAGCUACCUAAGCCUACAAUUGUGUUGCAGUUGAAUGGGCCUUCAAGAUAACCAGAUAAUAUAUCGUGUAAUUUUUGAGUAUCUGUUGUCUACCAAUUAUAGGUGUAAGGGAAUUCAGAAAUCCAAGACCUAUUUGUCAACUGCAAUAUCAACAUAAAUAAAAAUACAUAAUGGGAGCAAGUCAAGGUUUGCACCUACAGCCAUUAAAGUUAAUUUUCAAAUUAUUCAUCAUUUUGGAGAGUUGUAACUCACCUCUGUGACCGGAGUUCAAAUUCAACCCAAAUUUUACAUAAAAUGAUUUUGAGCAGAUUCAAUCUAUUAAUCACGAGAUAAGUCAACUGUCCCUUAUUUGGCAAUAACAUGCAAUCUCAUCAAGAUACAUUGCUCAUACUGGUUCAGUACAGUGUGCAUUUCAGAGGCUGGAGCUAAGGUAUGUUGUUGGGUCAUGGUGAAUUGAAACUCUUAUUCUACAGCUGACCUAUAAUUACACAAGGAUAACAAUGGGUAAUUGAAAUUUGAAGAAUUUUAUUUCCCACAUUGAUGAGCAGAAGAUUCACAUGGUGAUUAAAUUAGCCAUCAACUUAAGUCCUGACAUUAGCUAGAGUUUCCAAGUGCCUGUGGUGAUCUUGUUUAGAUAAUGGACCUUUGGAACUUUCAAAAACUUUGGAAUCAUUUGUUGUUGCAGUAUACAUUUCAAACUCUGGCACUGUGUACUUUUAUUUACCAUCAUAUGUUCAUGGGUUUUUUGGUUACUCUUAAACUACUGCAUCUGUGUUAUGUUGACAGUUCA